AUGCUAGACGAACGCGAACUCGCCACCCGUCCCAUAGUCCAAGACAGCGUCCAGCACAACGCCCGCACCGUCUCCAACAUCCGCGCCCUCACCGCCUCCCUCUUCGGCGUCGCCGCAGGCACACUCGGCCUCGAAUCCAUCCCCGGAUUCAUCUUCUACGCCCUCGGCACCGCCGUGGUCUCGGUGCUCAUCUUCGCGUUCAAAGCGGAGAGCGAGCCCAAAGCGUACUUUUACCGGCCGAUGGCGGAUCUCUGGGCGGGCGAUAUGUUUGGGGGGUUGAUGAGUUUUGUGCUGACUUGGACGUUGUUUUACAAUUUGGCCAAGGCGUGA